AUGGCGGAACAACUACUUGAUCAAGUGAGAGAUGCGGUGGACGGCCAAAUUGACUUUGAAGGCCAGAAGCUAGCCGAAAUAUUAGCGACAGUUGUCCUCUCUAUUGUCGGAGGAAUUUCGUUCCUCGUUGGCUUCUUUCUCCAAGAUAUAGCUCUAGCUCUCAAGAUCGGCCUUGCUGGCACAGCACUCACCUUCCUACUCGUUGUCCCUCCUUGGCCCUUCUUCAAUAGACACCCCGUCAAAUGGCUUCCCGUCGGAGGCGAAUCGGCAAUUACGAAUACACAGCAGAACAUAGUUAUCGACGAGAAACUUUUCACGAAAUAA